ACCUGUGACUAAACCACUAUCGACGAACAAUAUAUUUUGAUUCGAUUUGUUUCAUUUAUUUACUAAUUGGUAUUUCGCGAUCCAAUUAUCUCACGUUUAGAUUAAUUGUAAGGAAAUGAACGGCUAUCUAGCAGCCGACGGGGUUGUUUUAGGAUUCCUUAUCGCUGUGACCGGUGGAUUGAUAAGCCGGCGCUUGCAGUAGUGCAGUUUUGUCCUAUCAGUUUAGUCGUUCGCUUGUUCCAGUGGCAGACGGUAGUGCGUUCAGUUCAGUCGAUUGUAGAGUUAACUAGUUCGAUUUUUACAAUGAGGCUCCUCAAAAAAAGUGAUUCUUUUCUCUAUCCAGAGAAAUUCCCACCAACGAGCCCGAAGAGCAUGUCUGAACAGAGCUUAAUGAUCAAAUUGGCCAUUCAUCAUAAUGAUAAGGGUGAAGGAACCUUAUAUCGACUGAAGAAGAAUUCACUGGUACACGUCCAUCCGGGAGCCUCUCUCCUGGGUCGCCGCGUUGCAAUCUACUGUAACUAUCCGAGCGAUGGAAAAGAUUUCGACCGCAAACAGUACACCCAGCUGCAAUGGUUUUCGUCGACGGGUACAUUGCUGAAUUCAGAUGGCGACAAAUUUAUCUCCAUCAAAGACAUCGAUUUAUACUGCACGAUACAUCUGACCCGGUCAGGAGCCUAUCACUUCUACAUCGUGUACGAGGGCCACGAAAAAGAUGGACCCCAAGGUGGGCUUUAUGUUCAAGUCGAGCCCCAUUUAACCGUCGGAAAGGGUGAUUCUUUGACGCAUCUUUCGCUGGAUUCUAUUCGCUGUCAGACGGUCAUUUCCAAAUUGAUGGGUCCUAUAGGAAGCUGGGAAUCGAAGCUACAAGUGACGAAAGAAAGCGGCUACAAUUUAGUUCACUUCACCCCUAUCCAGGAGCUGGGUGGAUCAAGAUCGGCUUAUUCGCUCAAAAAUCAGCUCAAGGUCAAUCCUGAAUUUCAGAACAACAAAGAUCACGUCGUCGGUUUCGAUGAUGUGGAUAAAGUGGUUAAGAAAAUGCGCGAGGAGUGGGGAAUAGCAUCAAUUUGCGACAUCGUGUUAAAUCAUACUGCCAACGAAUCGAUCUGGAUCCGUGAGUAUCCGGAGUGUACUUACAAUUGUUACACCAGUCCUCAUCUGAGACCGGCCUUCCUGUUGGAUGCUCUGCUAGCCCGGUUCGGUGAAGAUGUCGCCGAAGGAUUGCUCGAACACGUCGGAGUGCCUAAGGUAGUGGAAACUUCGGAUCAUUUGCAAGCUAUUCGGUGGCAGCUACACUCCAAUUAUUUGCCACAAAUAAAGCUACAUGAGCUGUAUCAGUGUGAUGUGGACAAGUAUAUUUCGAGAUUCAAUGAGGAAGCAUCAAAACAGAGUCCCACACCGGUACAGUUGGUUCCUGAGGGGGAAAUUCAUCUGAAGCAAGACCCAGAGUACCGUCGACUGGGAGCAGAAGUGGACUUUGCGAAAGUAAUGAAAAUCUACAACGUUUUCCGGCCGGAUUGUUUCGACGAAGACAACCGCAAGCGCAAGUGUAUUGAGGCAUUCCGCGCCAGGUUACAGUGGUUGAAUGAAGAGGUUAGGAAGGAGAUUCAGGCACAUUUGGAAUAUGCCAUCGAGAAUUGCUUGGCUGGAGCUAGGUACGAGCGAGUUCAGGAAGAUGGACCACAGGUUAAGGGUAUAUCUGUGAAAUAUCCACUGUUUAUGAAGUAUUUCACUCAGUAUGGAAUCAAGGGUAAAUCGCUAAAGGACAUCGAGGAGAUGAUGUACGGUGGACCGGGUAAACUGUUCAUGGCUCACAAUGGUUGGGUUAUCAACUCUGAUCCGUUGGUGGAUUUUGCAAGGCCAACCGCUGGUACGGGAAACGUUUAUGUUAGAAGAGAGCUAAUCGCUUGGGGAGAUAGCGUGAAGCUGCGGUAUGGUGAUAAGCCCGAGGACUGUCCCCAUUUAUGGCAACACAUGAAGGAGUAUGUCGAUACUACUGCCAGGAUUUUCGACGGAGUUCGCUUAGAUAACUGCCAUUCGACGCCGAUUCAUGUUGCAGAGUGGCUACUGGAUUCGGCUCGGAAAGCCAAUCCUGAUUUGUAUGUUGUGGCCGAACUGUUUACUAAUUCCGAUCACGCGGAUAACAUUUUUGUCAAUCGGCUGGGAAUUACUUCCCUAAUUCGAGAGGCUCUUGCAGCUUGGGAUUCUCACGAGGAAGGUCGCCUGGUGUAUCGCUAUGGAGGUGCUCCCGUGGGUGCAUUUUUCCUCAACCCGAAGCGCAUUCUUGCUCCAAGUAUUGCACACGCUCUGUUUAUGGAUCUAACCCAUGAUAAUCCAUCUGCGGUGGAGAAACGAUCAAUUUUUGAUCUUAUCCCGUCGUCUGCGCUUGUCGCAAUGGCGUGCUGUGCCACUGGAAGCAAUCGCGGUUAUGAUGAAUUAGUUCCCCAUCACAUCCACGUCGUCGACGAAGAGCGCCAGUACCAGGAGUGGGGUAAACAUGUCAACAAAAACACCGGAAUGAUCGCCGUUAAGGAAGCUCUCAAUCUGCUACACGGUGGGCUGGCCACCCGGGGCUUCGAUCAGGUGUUCGUAGAUCAAAUGCACCCGGACAUUGUAGCUGUUACUCGCCAUUCUACGCAAAAUCGCGAAACAGUGAUUCUAGUUGCUCACAAUGCGUUUGGUUAUCCGAACCCCUGGGCCGGUCCUACUGGAGUGCGACCGCUGCGGUUCGAAGGCACUUUCCUGGAAAUAAUUUUCGAAGUGCAGAUUUACAAAAAAACCGGUCAAACGUUCGAUCGCCCAUCGGAAUUUAAAAAAGACGAACAGUACAUCAACGGGGUCGAAGAAUAUGUGAUAGAUUUGCGUAAAAACCUCGCCUUGAACGAAUCGGAUAUCUUCCGGAAAGAGGCAAAUUUUGAUGGUAACGUAACUCAGCUGGACUUUGCUAAUUUGAAACCCGGAUCGGUUGUUGCGAUCCGCGUUGCCAUGACGGACAGCGCAAAGGCGCCGAUCGAGAAUCUCCAAGGGUUGGUGAAAGAAUUUCAUAACGAUAAGGGGUCACGAUAUGCUGAAUUGCAACACAUAUUAUCCAAACUGGAUCUGAUCGAUUUUAAUAACUUGCUCUACUGCUGCACCGAAGAGGAACGAGAUAACGGUGGUGGUCCGUACAAUAUUACUGGCUAUGGAGAAACAGUGUACGCUGGAUUGCAAGGAAUUGUUUCAAUCCUGUGCGAUAUUGGACCCAAUAACGAUUUGGGACAUCCAUUGGCCAACAAUUUACGAGAAGGCAACUGGCUGAUUGACUACUGCUCGGAACGCUUACUAAAAUAUCCAAAUCUUAUACCAGCUGCCAAGUGGUUGACGAAAAAUCUCGCUCCAUUAAAGGAAAUCCCACGUUACAUAAUCCCGAGUUAUUUUGAUGUGAUUCUUACUGGAGUCCAUCGAUUAAUCAUCAUUGCUGCCUGCCAACUGAUGACGGAUUUCGUCCACCAUGGAUCAUACUUCGGCCGUCGUUUAGCUCUCGGAUCGAUCCAAUGCGUUCGGGUAGCUCCUUCAGCCAACCUUCCGAAACUCAGCCCGAACAUUCUGGAUCCAAAACCACCUUCGCAAUGUGCAACACUUGCCGCUGGUUUGCCGCAUUUCUCAACCGGAUAUAUGCGCUGCUGGGGACGGGACACGUUUAUUUCCAUCCGUGGAUUGAUGUUGCUAACAGGACGUUACAACGAGGCACGAUACAUGAUUCUUGGCUUUGGAGGAUGCCUUCGACAUGGGCUAAUCCCGAAUCUUCUGGAUGGUGGAAUGAAUGCUCGUUACAACUGCCGCGAUGCCAUCUGGUGGUGGCUUUACACUAUUCAACAGUACGCCGAGGAAACGCCCAAUGGAAGGGCCAUCCUGAAGGAUAAGGUCUCCCGGCUGUAUCCCACCGACGAUUCCGAGGCAAAGCAACCGGGCGAGUGUGAUCAAAUGCUGUACGAAACGAUCCAGGAAGCGCUAACCGUUCACUUCCAGGGUCUGUCCUAUCGGGAGCGAAACGCAGGAACACGUAUCGAUGCUCACAUGAAGGAUAAGGGUUUUAAUAAUCGUAUCGGGAUCCAUCCGGAAACGGGAUUCGUGUUCGGUGGCAAUAAUGCCAACUGUGGCACCUGGAUGGAUAAGAUGGGCUCUAGUGAUAAGGCUGGAAAUCGGGGUGUUCCUUCCUCCCCCAGGGAUGGUUCAGCGGUAGAAUUAGUGGGACUGCAAAUGGCCGGUUUAAGAUUCAUGCAGCGAAUGGCAGAAGAAAAAGUUAUUCCGUACAAUUCGGUUGAGCGUACCUCGAACAAUGGAACCAAGUCUGUUUGGACCUAUAAGGAGUGGGCCAACAAGAUUGCGGCCAAUUUCGAGAAGGAGUUUUACGUUGACGAAAGCUGUGACAGCAAGUAUGCUAACAAGAAAGGAAUAUACAAGGAUACGGUCGGGUCGGAAAUACCAUGGACCGAUUUUCAGUUGCGAUGUAAUUUCCCAAUUGCACUGGUCGCCGCGCCGGAAUUGUGUAAUCCAAAACAUGCUUGGAGGGCAUUGGAAAAUGCUAAGAAAUAUCUGCUGGGCCCACUUGGCAUGAAGACUCUGGACUAUGAAGAUUGGGCAUAUCGGGGCAAUUAUGAUAAUUCAAUUGACAACGAAGAUAAGACGGUUGCUCACGGUGCCAAUUAUCACAACGGACCGGAAUGGGUUUGGCCAAUCGGUUUCUAUCUGCGAGCUCGGUUAAUUUUUGCCAAAGCUAAUGGAUUGCUUAAGGAAACCAUCGCCGAAACGUGGACCAUUCUUCAGAGCCAUUUGAAGGAACUGCAGACAAACCACUGGCGAGGUCUGGCGGAGUUGACUAAUGAGAAUGGAGCUUACUGCAAAGACUCCUGUCGGACCCAGGCAUGGAGCAUGGGAUGUGUGCUUGAAGUACUCUACGAGCUGGAGAAGUACGAGAAGGAACUGUGAACAUAGUGGCUUAAAUAAUCAAAGAGAUCGGCUUCCGUGCGUCGUGUAUAUCAGUUGCUCUCGAAGUCAAUUUAGGCAAAUCAAAUACUCGUUUUGAACCUUUUCGGUACAGAAACAGCUAGGGUUAUAUUUUUAAUUGUUUACGUUUUUGUCCGAAUUUUUUUUUUCAUAUUUAUUAAGUUUAUAUAGUCUAUUUUCGUUGCUGUGCAUAUUUCAAAGUUGUAGCAUAAAUAUUUGGGCAGAAAAACAAAUGCGAACGGCUUGCUAUAAGUACAUAUUUGAUAUGCGAAACGAAUGCAGCGUAGCUGCCAGGCAAUACAAAUGGAAUGGCGUAUAUAAAUAAAUAAAAAUUAAAAAAUCCA